AUGUUCGAAUCGAAAGAUUUUGAGGAUAAAUUCGAAGAUAUAUUUUCGGAUCAUCAUAGUAAAUUUGAUGAUAUGGAUGGAAAGAUCAUCGGUUACAUCUGUGGAGGGUUGCUGAUCGUAUUAUUGGUGCUGAUAUGUUGCUGUCGGAAAAGGAGGAGUAGGGGGCAAGUACUAUCGCCGGCCCCAGCGACUGUCGUAACUACACGCGCGCCCUACCCUCAGCAACAGUAUGCGACUUAUCCAGGUCCAGUGACGUAUCCAGCACCACAGACUACUUACCCCUCCUUUUCCCCAGCACCCGCAGUUCCUCCCGCACCCCCGGGCCCUAAUAACCCCCCUUAUCCCACAAGCAGUUACCCCUACCAGGCGCCGUACAUACAACAGCCUUCAAUGUACCCCACAGCGCCGAGUGCACCAGAAGAUAACGCUCUCCCACCGCCGUACGAGCAGGCGUGUGCAAAACCACCUCCACACAAUCCUAACGCACCGUACUAA